AUGCCAUCAGCCCCUGGAUCCCCUGGCGGCAACGUCAUGACACAAGCACAGCUGGAGACCUACCAGAAACAAAAAGCUCAAGAGAGAUCAGAGAGACAAGCCAGCGACAGCGAGGAUGAAGAUGAUAACAUCAAUUAUGACUCUGACGAUGACAAAGUCGCCAAGCCAAACGACCAAAGAAGGCGUCAGGAGGCGCAUCUUGCUACUUACCGACAAAAAAUGAUGAAGACUACCACUGGACAACCAGCGGUUGAGCACACACGAAUUCCUUCUCUCAAAGGCCCUUGGAUGGAUAUCACCGACAGUGAUGAUGACGACGACAUUCCCCUUGCCAUGCUCAAGUCCAAAGCUAAAGGCGAUCAAGCAUCAAGAUUGUCAGGCGUGCGAUCAAACCCCAACUUGCGCGCAUCUUCACAGCAAUAUCUUAUGAGACCUGGUUCAUCACAAGGACAAAACAACGGCGGCUCACAUCUCCGACUACCAUCUUUCGCAUCAAACCUCCCCCAAGAUCCAUUUGCAGACCCUUACCAAGACCCUUUCAAUGAGAAGAAGCCCAUGUUUAAUGGCGGAUUGAUCGGUGUUAUUGCUCAAGAGGAGCGAGCCAAGGCAUCGCGACGAGGGGGAACACCGAGCGUGAGCCUCACAGGUCCUCCUGACACAGGAUUCGGCAUGUCCAACGGAUCAAUCUACGGAAUGCAACAAGCUUCGAGAUCCCAGUCCUCGCUUUCAGGCAUGCCCAACCCUUAUAUGGCUUCACCUUAUGGAAUGCACCAAGCUUCAGCAUCCCAAACUUCACUUUCAGGCAUGCCUAUGCAGCACCACAUGCAACACCAGGUUCCCCACGGUAUCCAAGAGCAGAUGCAAUUCAUGCAAACUGCCAUUUACGGCGCGCAGCACAAGCCUAAGACCUCAUGGGGAAGCAUUCCUCAAAGACCAGGAACGAGUGGAAGCAUGGCUGCUAUGCAGAAGCCUUCUCUACCAGCAUAUGGAGGAUAUGCCCAGUCCAUUCCCCCAGCGGAGCGAAGCAAUGUUGGUCUACCAAGCCGAUACAGGGCGGUGUCCAAGCUAAAGGCUUAG